AUGUCCUCUCAUCCAGCAGACAGGACACCCACCAGUCCCCUGUACCCCACCAUGUCCCCUCAUCCAGCAGGCAGGACACCCACCAGUCCCCUGUACCCCACCAUGUCCUCUCAUCCAGCAGGCAGGACACCCACCAGUCCCCUGUACCCCACCAUGUCCUCUCAUCCAGCAGUCAGGACACCCACCAGUCCCCUGUACCCCACCAUGUCCUCUCAUCCAGCAGGCAGGACACCCACCAGUCCCCUGUACCCCACCAUGUCCUCUCAUCCAGCAGACAGGACACCCACCAGUCCCCUGUACCCCACUAUGUCCUCUCAUCCAGCAGGCAGGACACCCACCAGUCCCCUGUACCCCACCAUGUCCUCUCAUCCAGCAGACAGGACACCCACCAGUCCCCUGUACCCCACUAUGUCCUCUCAUCCAGCAGACAGGACACCCACCAGUCCCCUGUACCCCACUAUGUCCUCUCAUCCAGCAGACAGGACACCCACCAGUCUCCUGUACCCCACCAUGUCCUCUCAUCCAGCAGGCAGGACACCCACCAGUCUCCUGUACCCCACUAUGUCCUCUCAUCCAGCAGUCAGGACACCCACCAGUCCCCUGUACCCCACCAUGUCCUCUCAUCCAGCAGGCAGGACACCCACCAGUCUCCUGUACCCCACCAUGUCCUCUCAUCCAGCAGUCAGGACACCCACCAGUCCCUUGUACCCCACUAUGUCCUCUCAUCCAGCAGACAGGACACCCACCAGUCUCCUGUACCCCACCAUGUCCUCUCAUCCAGCAGUCAGGACACCCACCAGUCUCCUGUAUCCCACCAUGUCCUCUCAUCCAGCAGACAGGACACCCACCAGUCCCCUGUAUCCCACCAUGUCCUCUCAUCCAGCAGGCAGGACACCCACCAGUCCCCUGUACCCCACUAUGUCCUCUCAUCCAGCAGGCAGGACACCCACCAGUCCCCUGUACCCCACCAUGUCCUCUGAUCCAGCAGGCAGGACACCCACCAGUCCCCUGUACCCCACCAUGUCCUCUCAUCCAGCAGGCAGGACACCCACCAGUCCCCUGUACCCCACUAUGUCCUCUCAUCCAGCAGGCAGGACACCCACCAGUCCCCUGUACCCCACCAUGUCCUCUCAUCCAGCAGGCAGGACACCCACCAGCCCCCUGUACCCCACCAUGUCCUCUCAUCCAGCAGGCAGGACACCCACCAGCCACCUGUACCCCACCAUGUCCUCUCAUCCAGCAGGCAGGACACCCACCAGUCCCCUGUACCCCACCAUGUCCUCUCAUCCAGCAGGCAGGACACCCACCAGUCUCCUGUAUCCCACCAUGUCCUCUCAUCCAGCAGGCAGGACACCCACCAGUCCCCUGUACCCCACCAUGUCCUCUCAUCCAGCAGGCAGGACACCCACCAGUCCCCUGUACCCCACUAUGUCCUCUCAUCCAGCAGGCAGGACACCCACCAGUCCCCUGUACCCCACCAUGUCCUCUCAUCCAGCAGGCAGGACACCCACCAGUCCCCUGUACCCCACUAUGUCCUCUCAUCCAGCAGGCAGGACACCCACCAGUCCCCUGUACCCCACCAUGUCCUCUCAUCCAGCAGGCAGGACACCCACCAGCCACCUGUAUCCCACCAUGUCCUCUCAUCCAGCAGGCAGGACACCCACCAGUCCCCUGUACCCCACCAUGUCCUCUCAUCCAGCAGGCAGGACACCCACCAGUCCCCUGUACCCCACCAUGUCCUCUCAUCCAGCAGACAGGACACCCACCAGUCCCCUGUACCCCACCAUGUCCUCUCAUCCAGCAGGCAGGACACCCACCAGUUCCCUGUACCCCACCAUGUCCUCUCAUCCAGCAGGCAGCCUCUGUCACCUGGGCAGCAGCUGGAGCGAGGUGGCUCCCCUCUCUGUGCCCACUGUGCCCGUGCCAGGCUCACAGCCUCUGUCACCUGGGCAGCAGCUGGAGCGAGGCGGCUCCCCUCUCUGUGCCCACUGUGCCCGUGCCAGGCUCACAGCCUCUGGCAGGAGGUGGCAGUGA